AAUAUUUUCCUUUUAACAAAACUAUAUAAUUUGAAAUUAUUUCAAAUUAAGUUGAGGGAAAAUUAAUCAAUAGAAAAAUCAUGGGAAAGAUCUCCUUUGUGCUUCUCGUUGUCGCCCUUAUUGCCUUUCAACAUGUCUCAGAGGCUGAUCAUCAACCGGUAGAUAUCAACGAAGAUCAGUCGGUAAAUAUCAACAAAGAUCAGUCGGUAAAUAUCAACGAAGACCUAAUCGAAAACGAUUUGCACAAAGCCAAGGACUUGAUCGAGGAGGACUUGAAAGAAAAAGAAACGAACAUCAAGAACUUGGAAAACGAGGUGGUUUUGUUGACCAAAUCUGAGACGAUGCUCACUCAGCUCGAGGAUGCUUACAAGAGUGGUAAGACUGGUAAGAGUCUUGAGCGUUUCGGGAAAAAACUCAAGAAGUUCAACAGGAAGAUCAAGCAGGCGCCUGAGCAAGUGAGAUAUGUUUCCAUUAUCCACUCCAUUCUCAAGGACUUGGGAUUAAACAAAGGGAAAAAUUAAGACAAUAUCUAAUAAUCUAACUAUUAGGGUUUCUGAUGCGUUUCUGAAAGGAGGUUUCCAAUAUUAAUCGACCAUGGAGUAACUAAUGGCUUUAAAAAGUGAGAGGAGCAAAUAACUUGCCCAUAGGCCAUAUAUAGUAUACAUAUUUACAUAUAUUUAAUUGCAUCAAUUGAAUACUUAAAAUCAAUUGUAAUUUACAAUUAAAUGGAAUGUAUUACUACUACUAAUACUGUGAAGGUACUUUUAUUUUAAGAUUUUGUUAAAUUUAGUUAUGAUCACAAAUGUAUCUUUAAAAAAUAGUUACAGAAAUAUAUCAAAGC